AUGGAUUACUUGUCUGAGCACACAGAUUAUAAGAUCUUGACAAAUGAUGAAUACCAGCUAUUGAUGACACCUUUGGACCAAAGCACACCAGCUGCAGAGGGUGGAGUUAGGCCAAAAGUUUGCAAAUCGUCGACAGUCAAAUUGGAACGUCAGGUACACAAUCGACCUUCACAUUCAAAUACAUGCUCAGGAUUUGUAUUUGAUUCAUCGACUGUUCUCCCUCGGUUUCCCGUAUUUUCUGAAGAGGAGAAAAAUGAGAAAGCAUUCGAUGUUUGGAAAAAUGGUGUACAGUGUGCUUUCAGGGAUGGUGCUUGUGCAACUCACAUAAUCCUUCAAGCAAUAAGAUCCUCCUUAAAUGGUAAAGCUUGGAGUCUGCUGCUUACAUUACCCACAGAUGCGCAACUCUUCAGCAGAUAUAAUUCAAACUGGAUGGAGUCUAUGGUAAAUCUACAUGUGUACCCUAGUGAGAAACUGAUUCAGCAACUCUAUGCUUCAAAACAGGAGAAAGGAGAAAGUGUAGUGGGGUUUGGCAUGAAAUUGGAAGGCAUCUUACAGCCAUGCAUUGAAAGGAAAGCCAUCAGCAAUGAUGUGAAGAAUGAGAUGCUGAGAGCAAAAUUAUGGUCUGGGUUGUGUGAUAACAGUCUCUGCAAUGCAAGCCGCUAUAAGUAUGACACCAUCAAUGACUUUGAAACACUGAGAAAAGAGUUGCGUACCAUUGUGCUUGACAUGAAGUUAUCAGCACCAUAA